AUGAUUGCACAAAGUAUGAAUACAACAGAAAUAGCAGUUACAUCAAUAUGCAUUGAAACAAUAACUAAAACAGUUAACAAACAUCGUGAUGCUCCUCCAUUGAAUGUUUAUUUACGUAUUCGUCCAUUUAUUAGCGAUGAACUUGAACGUAGCGAAAAUCAAAAAUUAAUCGAUAUUAUUGAUGAAAAACAUGUUGCAGUUAAGCUUUAUCCAACAAUAAACAAUACAAUUCGUACUUUACAAACAUCAUACAAUGAAUACGAGGUCACACAAAUAUUUGAUGAUCAAUGUAAGCAAAAAGAAUUAUUUGAACAAAUUCUUGCUCAACCUACGAAUGAAAUUUUUACUGGUUCUAACUUACUUCUUUGUACACUGGGUUUAACUAAUAGUGGUAAGACCCAUACAAUGUUUGGUACAGCUGAUGAACCUGGUUUAAUACCUAACUGUCUUCAUCGAAUAUUUCUUAAUGUUGGUUCAAAUAUUGACGAGAAAGUUUUAUUUAAACCUAUUGGUCUUGAGAAUUUAAUGCCAACAAUUGAUUGUGAUCUUAAUAUGGAAGUAGCUGUUCGAAAUUAUAUUUUUAAAGACGAGAAGCAACGAAUGCGCCUACCAAAACUAAUUCAACAACAAAACGCUUUCGAAGAUCUUUCUAUAGAAGAUGAACGUUAUUCAAUAUGGAUAUCGUUUUUUGAAUUAUAUAAUGAAAAUAUCGUUGAUUUACUUGUUCAACCGAAAGAUAUGAAAAUGCGUAAAAAUCUUCGUCUUAUGCAAAAUGAACAUUCAACAAUUAUUAAAAAUCUAAUACAAAUACCUGUAUUUGAUCUAAAAGAGGCUGAAGAUAUCAUUAAAUUUGGUUUAGUUAAUCGUUCUACAUCAAAAACAAAUCUUAAUGAAGCAUCAUCAAGAUCGCACGCUGUACUUUGUAUUACGCUUAUUACAACGAAUGAAUUUGAUGAAGAACCAAAUAUGAGUCACAUGUAUAUUUGUGAUUUGGCUGGCAAUGAACCAGUGAAUGGUACUGGGAAACAAUUGACUGAAACUUGUAAUAUAAAUACAUCGUUAAUGACAUUUAAAGAUUGUAUUCGAGUUUUAAAUGAAAAUCAAUCGGCCAAAAAACAAAUGCUUGUACCCUAUAGAAAUAGUGUAUUAACAAGUAUUUUUCGUCCAUUUUUUGUUGGUCGUGGUCGAACAAUUAUCUGUUGUAAUAUUAAUCCUUGUGCAACAUUCAUUACACAAACAAAUGAUUUAUUGAAAUUUUGUGCAUUGGCACAAAAGACCGUUAUCAUGCCGGUUGAAUCGAAGCACAGUUGUGCAGUAAUUCGACAACAACGUAAAUCGAAAAAUAAAGCUCCAAAACGUCUUGGAAGACAUAGCACUUUGAAAACGAAGCACGGAAAAACUAUUAAUGACAACGAUGAAAUAGAAGAACUUGACGUACAAACGAUUGAUGGUGCAACACUGAUAAUUCCGACAAAUACGAAAUCGUUAAACUUUUGGAAAUAUUGCGCAAAACAAGCAUUAGAAUUAUUGCAAAAACAAGCAUCAACUCGACGAACAUUUAUGAUUGAGCGACAUCAAGAGCGAGUACAGACUGUAAACUAUCUUCUUGAUCAACGUCAACAAAUCGACACAUUAGUGAAUGAAAAACAAUCAUUAGUAAAACAAAAUGAAAUAUUGUUAAAAGAUAUCCGUCUUGAACAAGAUAAACAUAAUCAUACUCAACAAUUAUAUAAUAAUCUUAUUUUAAAUGAAAAACAAUAUCAUCAAAAAUUACUUAAAUUAGAAAAACAAUCAUAUGAAAAAAAUUUACAUUCUCAUGAAGAAAUGGAUUCAUUAAAAAAACAAUUGCAAACUGUUCAACAACAAUUCGAACGUUUAACCAAUGAACAUAUAAAAACUAUUGAACAGAAUGACCAAGAUAAACGUCAAUGUCAAGAACGUGAGCAGCAUCUUCAAGAUGACAAUCAACGUUUAAAACGUGAUCUUGGUCUUGAACUUUAUCGUAAACAAGAUGCAGAAAAAAAAGUACGAAUGUUAGAAGAUAAACUACGUAAUGAACAAACACAAUAUCAAAAAGUUCAAUAUGAUUUUAUUCAAACAAAUCAUGAUCUUAAAACAUUACAAGUUAAAUUUGAUGCACUAAAAAUAGAAAUCAAUGAAAUAUAUCAAAAUGAAAAAAUGAAAUUAGCUGCAAACAUUAAUAUGUAUGAUGCGAAAACAUCAACAACAACUAUUAAUGAAGAACAAUCAAUUACUAAACGACAAAAACGUAGUAUUCGAUCAAAACGACGCACUAAUGACGAGAAUCAACACGAACAAGAGAUCAAACAGCCAAAACGAGUUACUCGUAGUCGAUCAACUGCUAGUACAGAUGCUACUUAUACAUUACUUCAACAGUUAGAUGAGCCAAAUAUUAGUAAAAAAUCUAAGCAAACUAUACGUAAUGUAUCGACGAGUACAAAAACACAUAUUCCUGUACUAAUGAAACAAACAAGAAAGAAAGCACAGGAUGAUCAAACGGAUUCAAAAGUAAAACCCAAAACAGCGAGUGUUCGUGGUCGGCCUAAAAAGAAAACUAUUGAAACUCCACCAGCCUCUAUUCAACCAGAAUCACAUUCACCACUUUAUGCUACUAUUCAACGAGAUACAUCACUUGAUGGAGCAUCGUUUGCUACUGUUGCUGUAAAUUCGUCAGCAGCACACGCAACUCCGUCAAAAGAUAAAGCACACAUAACACCUAAACCGUCAACAUUUAAACGUAUUCAGUCAUUUUUUCGAGCAACUCCAACUUUAACGAAUUCGACAAAAGUAAAUCGAGUUGUACAAGUCAAAACCACUGCCGUAGCAUUUGGUUCAUCAACACCGACCAAUCGUAUGCCUCCAUCGAUACUUAAAACACCAGGACCCACUAUUUUACCAACUCCGAAUACAUCAAAUGUACAAAAUAUUGCAACACCAAAAUCUAAAUAUAAUCUUCGUACACGCCUUUUCAACCAUCCAACAUCUAAAGAUGAAGACGAGAUAAGAUCUCAAACUAAAACGAAGCCACGAACACGCAAAUAG